AUGCGUUCCUUUGCAGUGCUAGCACUCACUGCAGCGGCGGCGGCAGCGCCACAUCAGAAACGACAGGACGGUGGACAAGAAGCUUCGCGAGCAGCGGCUGUCAAGGAGGCUUUUGAUUUUGCUUGGGCUGGAUACUACAAAUAUGCCUUCCCAAGCGAUGAGUUGAUGCCAUUGACAAAUGGGAAAUCCAACUCGCGUAACGGCUGGGGAGCUUCGGCUGCAGAUGCACUCUCGACUGCACUGGUAAUGGAGAAUGCAGAGAUUGUCAACCAAAUCAUCGAAUAUGUCCCAUUGAUCGACUGGAGCGUCAGCUUCAACGAUGAUCCUGUCAGUCUCUUCGAGACUACUAUUCGGUACAUGGGCGGCCUGCUUUCGGGUUACGAUCUGCUGAAUGGACCAUUGAAGCAGCUUGCAAACGAUGAAAGCAAAAUCCCGAUGCUGCUCGAGCAGGCCCGGAACCUCGCCAACAACUUGAGCUACGCUUUCGACACUCCAACUGGCAUUCCCUACAACAAUCUCAUCUUUUCUGAUCGCAGCAACGAUGGAUCGACUACAAAUGGUCUGGCUACAACGGGUACUCUUGUGUUGGAGUGGACGAGACUUUCGGAUCUCACUGGUGAUGGUUCGUACGCGCAGCUGACGCAGAAAGCUGAGAGCUAUCUUCUCAACCCACAGCCAGCGUUCGCUCAGCCUUUCCCUGGUCUUGUUGGCACCAACAUCGACAUCAACAGCGGCAAGUUUGUGGAUGCUCAGGGAGGUUGGAACGGCGGUGACGACAGCUUCUACGAGUACUUGAUCAAGAUGUUUGUCUACGACCCAGAACGUUUCUCGGACUACAGAGACCGCUGGAUUGCCGCCGCAGACAGCACCAUCGAAUACCUCGCCUCCCACCCAUCUUCUCGACCAGAUCUCACGUUCCUAGCUGCCUUUAACGGCCAGCGAACGAUCGAAUCCUCUGGUCAUCUCGCCUGCUUUGAUGGAGGAAACUUCAUUCUCGGCGGCCAGGUUCUCAAAGAGCAAAAGUACAUUGAUUUCGGAAUCGAGCUUGUCGAAGCCUGUGAGGAAACCUACAAGCAGACAUUAACACACAUCGGCCCCGAAGGUUUCUCCUGGAACGAAACCAACGUUCCCGAAGAUCAAAAGGAUUUCUACGAGCGUGCAGGAUUCUUCAUCACCAGCAGCGGAUAUGCUCUGAGACCAGAAGUCAUUGAGAGUUUCUACUACGCUCACCGCGCGACUGGAGAUAGCAAGUAUCAGGAUUACGCGUGGAACGCUUUCGUAGCCAUCAACGCAACCUGUCGCGCGGGAUCCGGUUUCGCUGAGCUUUCCGACGUGAAUGCACCUGGUGGAGGAGAGUUGCAGGAUUUCCAGGAAUCAUUCUUCUUUGCUGAGGUUAUGAAGUACAGCUACCUCAUCCACGCACCAGAUGCUGCGUGGCAAGUUGAUCAGAAUGGUGAUAAUCAAUAUGUAUACAACACCGAGGCUCAUCCUCUCAAGGUUGCUGGUGGGUCAGCUAAAGCACYUGGCUACGGUUAUAAGUAG